UACAUACACUAUCGUAAUCGUAUACUGUACGUGUUCUCGCUUGGCCAAACUUCAAACAUAGCGAGGCGGCUUUUGUCUUGCAAAUUUCGCCUCAGUAGAGCCUGCCAUGGGCCGCUAUUCAUCCCUAGUGGACCACAGUGCAGGACCCAGUGGGCCGGGUACAAGAAGUAGUAAAACUUCAGGGGUAAUUUUCAACAUGUCGCAAAUCUCCGUCCGCUCGGUGCACCUGUUGCGAUGGAUGCUCAUUCUCUGCCUCGCGGUAGCGCUGGUGUACUUCUGGUUCUGGCACCGAUGGAAUCUCCAACUCCAAGCCGGCCACUUAAAGGUUCCAUCUUUGAGAAAUGUCGGGCCGGAGUUUGUCCUGGGUCCGGAAGACAAGAAACUUCGGAUCCUCUCCGGCAGUUUCCACUACUUCAGGGUUGUGCCGGAAUAUUGGGAAGAUCGUCUGAUAAAGAUGAAAGCAUGUGGCCUCAACACGAUAACAACGUAUGUGCCAUGGAAUUUGCAUGAGCAGGUCAGAGGUGACUUUGACUUCAGCGGCAUACUGGAUAUUGUGGCCUUUUUGAACCUUGCCAAGAAGGUGGGGCUGUACGUUAUCCUGAGGCCGGGGCCAUACAUCUGUUCAGAGUGGGAUCUUGGCGGCUUGCCAAGUUGGCUGUUGAGUUAUGACGAAAUGAAACUGCGCACCAUGUACCCAUUGUACAUCGAUGCAGUAGACAAAUACUUUGACCAGCUAAUACCACUGGUGGAAGGACUGCAGUACUAUCGUGGAGGGCCUAUCAUUGCAUUUCAAGUGGAAAAUGAAUACGGUUCCUAUGGCAGUGAUCGGGAAUACAUGACUUACAUCAAAGAGGCCAUGGAGAAGCGAAAUAUAAAAGAGAUGUUUCUGACAUCGGAUAACAGUCGGUCUGCAAUGGAGAAAGGCCAUCUGCCAGGAGUUUUGUUGACGGCAAACUUCCAAGUCGAUCCAGAGAGACAUUUUCAAGAUGUAAAAGAGAUUCAGGGAACGGACAAACCACUGAUGGUGAUGGAGUUUUGGCCUGGAUGGUUUGAUCACUGGGGAGAGAAACAUCACAUCUUCAGUGCGGACGGCAUUGGUGGUCUUGUCAAGAGUAUUUUGGACCUAGACGCCUCCAUCAACUUUUACAUGUUUCACGGCGGCACAAACUUUGGGUUCAUGAACGGUGCCAACUACGACGCACGUGAGAAACACCAGUACCAGCCAGACAUUACAAGUUAUGAUUAUGAUGCGCCCUUGUCAGAAGCCGGUGACUUGACGGAAAAAUACUACAAAAUCAAAGAAGUUAUGAAGGCCAACACCCCCAAAGGAACAAUUCCAGACACGUUACCCAAAGCUCCCACCCAGAUAGGGAAGAUGGCUUACGGCGAGGUGCAAAUCACUCAUUACAUGACUCUGGACGACUCCGCUGAAAUUGUUGGGGAACCCGUUAAGAUGGAGAAUCCGGUUGCUAUGGAGAAACUGCCUAUCAACCAAGAUGGUGGUCAAGGAUACGGAUUUCUCCUUUAUCGCACCACCGUCGACCAUAACCCCGAAACUUUGAAGUUGGCCCACCCUCCACACGACAGGGCUCAGGUGUUUCUCAACUCUAAGGAAGUCGGUGUGAUGACACGGAUUAACAAGGAUAAGGAUACAACUCUAACAUUAAAGGAUGGUGUAAAUGGUCCGAAUACGUUGGAGCUGUUUGUGGAAAACAUGGGACGAGUCAACUAUGGAAACAAACUGGAUCACGAACGGAAAGGAAUACUGGGCAUUGUCCAAAUUGAUGGCAAAACACAACUGAAGUGGGACAUGUUGCCAUUUGAGUUUAAAAAACCUUUCCUUGAGGCGUUGUCUUCAUCAAGCAAAUGGAAGGAGUAUCAAAAGGUGGAAGGCGGACGACCUGCACUCUUCAAAGCAACGUUAGACGUUUCUGACAAACAACCUAAGGAUACUUUUGUAGACAUGACUGGGUGGGAAAAGGGAGUGAUAUUUGUCAACGGUUUCAACUUGGGUCGCUAUUGGAGCGUCGGCCCGACUUCAACCUACUAUCUGCCUGGGCCGCUAUUGAAACAGGGCAAAAAUGAGAUAAUCAUUUUCGAACUCCAUCAGAGCAGCAGCAAAAUCAAUCUAACAGAUACACAUAGCCUGGGCGAAACCGUCCACGUGAAGAACGACGAGGAUGAGUGAUGAGAUAGGUUGCAAUAAAAGUGUUUCAAUCGCAUUGGCCAGAGAAUGAAGUGCAUUAUCCCUGCAUAUGGUAUUUAGAAAUGAUGUCAGGUCAUGUGAUCACCGGCCAGCCAAUCAGAUUUGUUCCCUGCAGCAUCUCUAAUAUGAGGGGAAGUAUACAAGGCCUUUUUAAUGGGAUUUUAAUUGUUUUAAAUUUACAAGAAUUUUGUAUUCAGAACAGAUUAGACUUCUGAUUUCUUUCAUUAAUUAAAAACAAAGAAGUUUACAUGUACUAUCCAAAUUAGGAUUUUUUUUCAAGUGUGUUGCCUUUUGCAAUUUGUAGGAAAUAGACAAGUAUCACCAUUAAUAUCUGAGACAAUCUACUCAUUCCUAUUGGUCAAGAGUCUGUCACAUGGGUGCUUUUAAACUGCUGAUAAAACAACAGCUGGUUUUAAACACAGUUCAUGCGCCGCGCACACCAAUUUCCAUAUAAGGAGAUAUUUAGCAGUGCGUGCACGAGGCACAUAUCGUAGACAUGGCCAGAGGGGUGUUUCACAAGAUAUAGAGUAAACUGUUGAAUAAAUUUGUUGGGAAAUUUGUGAUUUUUUGACUGUUUAGACUUCUUGACGGAAAGGUAAAUUUAUGAACAGGAAUACAUUAUGUGCUUAGAUGGUUUUGAACAAGUAUUUUUAAAACUGGUUGGGGCAAGUGCACUUGUUUAAAACAGGUCAAGCACAUAUUUAUUCCCUUUAUUUAAAGAGUUUACAAUUUUGAGUUAAUAAAAGCAACUCAAUGUGGCUUGAUAUUAUUAACAACUC